UCCCUCGGACACAGCGGAUCACCGAUCCAUGGAAAGAGCGGAAGAUGUCGGCUCGGUCAUGUGAUCAGCUGUGUCCAAUCACAGCUGAUCACAUGGGACAUGUACACUGAUCAUCAGAGCACUGAUGAUCAGUGUGCCCUGAUGAUCAGUGUAGCCCCAGCAGUGCCACGUGUCAGUGCCACAUCAAUGCCCCAUAUUAGUGCACAUCAAUGCCACAUAUCAGUGCCCAUCUGAGCUACCUUUCAGUGCCACCUAUCAAUGCCAAUCAGUGCUACCAAUCAGUGCCGCCUAUCGGUGCCCGUCAGUGAUGCCUGUCAAUGCCCAUCAGUGCCACCUACCAGUGCCUCCUCAUCAGUGCAGCCUAUCAGUGCCCAUCACUG